GUAAGCGAAGGAAAUGGCAGAAAGACGAGUAAACGAUCGCGGACAAAAUCAAGAUGAUAAUGUGGUUCCAGCGCCAAUUAGAAAUAGUAACAUGUCCGAAGAAUGCAUCGUACUGCUGGAGGAAUUGAUCCGCAGCAACCGGGCUCUGGCGAGCGAAAAUGAAAAGCUGCGGCAGCAGCAAGAGCGCAGCAACAAAUCGAACUUAGAGGCUCUUCAGCGGAUUGAGAACCGUUUUGACACUGGUGAUAAUGGAGCCAAAGUCCGUCGGCGCCAAAAUAGACAGAAGCGAAGGACGAUAGUAGUUCCACCAGCUUGUCGAAGAGCUGUGAGAAGGAUAUAUAAACUUCUUUUAAAAAAAGACGACUUUGGUGGAUUUUAUCUUGACGAAGAAGUAAAUUCUGAUAACAACUAUGGAAUUUUUGAGCGCACAGUAGAGCAGGUUGUACAUCAACAGGGAGGACCUGAAAAGUGUCCCUGGACAAAGGAUAUCAUUGAAGCUGCUUUACAAAGAUAUUUUAAAACGUGCCUAGAAACACAUAAGCUGAAGAGCAGUAAUCGCUAUGAGGCACAUAAACAAAAAACAAGAAAGAGUGGUCGCCAAAGAGAGAAGUUAAUGAGACGAACUACAGCCCUGGAGCUGGUCAACUGGGCUGACCAGCAUGAAAAGGGGAGAGUGGCGGAGGUUCUUGUGAUGGAGGCGAUGAGCAGUGAAGAAAGCUGUUACGAGGAGGAUGAUGAUAUAAAUAACUCAAAAUUAACAAAAUACUCUGUCCAUCGCCUUCAAUGGGAGAGUAGAAGAAUGAAAAAAAUAAAAAAAAAACUUGAUAAGGCCUAUAGGAAAAAACUCACUUCAAGAGCUAAGGAGAGAAUCCUACCCAGAGUUGAUGGGCAACCUUCUCUGAGAUGCCCACCAACUGAAAAUUUUCCAGGGUGGGCAAUAAGGCAGUAAAAAAAAUUGUUUUAUCAAUUUAAGGUGACAAAUUGAUUGUUGAAAAAAGUAUUAAUCAGCCAUGUCUAGAAUGAAGGUCUUUUAAAUGCCUGUGUGAGACUUCUUUUUCAUUGAAUAUGUUAAUUAGCAAUUUUAAUGGUCUCAUUAUCUAAAGUAAGUAAUUGUGAAUUCUUAAAUUUUAUAUUUUAAUUUCCUCCAUAUGAGAUACUUUCUUCCAUAUUGAUGUACAGGUCGGCAAAUAAUUGAUAGCUAUUGCAGAUUUAAAUUGAUUUAGAAAAAUAUACUGAUUUUUUUAGAUUGAUAGGUUGAACUUAUUUUUUAUUGUUAGUAUCAGUUCAAAUUGCAUUUCUUAGUGGCUGGAUUUGAGAGUGAAAUUUGUGAAUUAAUAGCUUUUUGUGUAGUGUGUUGCUACAGCUAGUUAUAUUCUGUAGUUCUUAUAUUUUUAUAUUGAUAAAGAUUCUAUUCUAUAUAGAUGACUGAGAUUAUUAUGUGAAUUAUACAUUAAUGAAAGAGAAAUGCUUA